GAGCGUAAGCCUGUGAUUCUUACUUGGCUCCUCCCACAUGAGGUGACAGGAUUAAAGGAAUAAUUUGAGCCUGAUUAGUAUUUCGCUGGACUGUGCAAAAUGUCGCAGGAGAGGAAAACGCAAACAUGCAAGUAGAUUCGGACAUACUACCGUUUGAUUUAAGGAGAAGAUGGUGCUCUCCCUGGUGCUCUCCUCCUCAGCUCAAUAUGUUCAAUCUGAUGAGCAACUGUUGCAACUGGGUCUCCAAGCUCCAGCAGCCCCUGAGGAAGGUUACAGUGCUCGUGGUUGGUCUUGACAAGGCUGGAAAAACAUCAUGCGUCAGAGGAAUGUUGAGAGCUCCCAUGGGAGAAGUAGGCCCUACCCAUGGAUGUGUCCGCAAUGAGUUGAGGGUGGAGAACUUCCUGGUGAAUCUGCUGGACAUGGGUGGAGGUCCUGAGGUUCGAGGCUCUUGGAGAGAAUACUAUGGCGAGGCCCAUGGAAUCAUUUUUGUGGUGGACUCCAGUGACAGACAGAGAAUGAAAGAGGUCAAAGAGCUCCUCACAGACAUGCUGAGGCAGCCCAGAGUCGCUGGAAAGCCUCUAUUAGUUUUAGCCAAUAAACAGGAUAAAAUGAAUGCCUUGCUGGGAAGUGAACUGAUUGAGGUUCUGUCCCUGGAGAAGCUGGUCAAUCAGAGCCGGUCUCUGUGCCAAAUUGAGCCAUGCUCAGCCUUAAUGGACCUGCGUCGAUGGUCAGACAGGAAGACUCUGCGUGGGCUCCGGUGGCUCCUGCGGGCCGUGUGCCUGGACUACCCAGAACUCUGUGCUCGGAUAGUGAGAGAUGGGAGAAAGCCACUAGGACCAGAGGAGAGAGAGAGGAGAGGGAAAGUGAAGAAAAACAAAGAUGAAAGGAUAAGAGCCAGUAAAACAGAUAUGCGCCAAGUACAGGACCCCCUGGAGAAGGAAAGGAAAAGUGGGAGCUCUCUACAUCCAAUCAGAGACAUCCUUAAAAAGGAUAACUCCUUUACAAAGAAACUGAAGAAAAAGAAAAAGGUGAAGGUUAAAAUGAAAAGGAGUAGUGUGAAAAGAGAAGGCAAGAAUGAGGACGAAGAGGAAGUACAAGAGGAAGAGGAAGGAAAUGAAGCAGAGCAAGACCAGAAUGGUCAAAAAGAGAAAGCCAGUAGUGCCCUGUUGCCACGGAGACGCGGGAAGCUGAAACGUAAAGCAAAAGUGAAGGAGGAGACGUUGGAUCAAGCAGAAUCGCUGGAAAAUGAAGACACCAAACCCACCAAAGGGAAAGGAGAAAAGAAAAAAAAGAAAAAAGUGGUAAAAGGAAAAAGAAAGAACAAGAUAAAUACAGAGGGGAUACCAGCAGCUUACACACAGCCAGCUGACCUGUCUGCCACUUUCGAGCUUUACAGAAAAGCAAUUUUGGCUCUAAAAGCCCGACAGGAUCAGGAUUUGGUGCCAGAGCAGUGAGCAGACUGGACUGUGAGGGCAGCACAAGAUGACACAGCGCUAAGAUGUCUGCAGAGACGUCUGCACCACCACAGCUUCACACCAAGCUGUAUUCAACUUCUAUGGAUUUCAGCAUAAACACUCAUCUGACUCAUGGUUUUUUGUAUAGGUUGUAUUGGAUGAUCU